GCAGUUCUAAUAGGUACUGUAGUUUGCAAGAUUUAAUAUCUGAUAAAAUUAUUACCUUCUAUCUUUGGCAAUUCAUUUACGUUUUUGUACCCAAUGUCAAGAUUGGGGUACAACAGGAACAUCAGAACCUUGGCGCAUAGUUAUGGAUACCUUUGAGAAAGCUUGUUUGGACGCACAUAAUGCAUAUAGAAAAGCACACAACACGCGUCCUUUAAAGUGGAAUAAACAAUGUUCCGAAAAGGCCAAAGCAUGGGCUAAUACAAUGGCAAAAACUGGAAACUUCAAACACUCUGAUAAUAAAUUGGGAGAAAACAUAGCUUGCGCCAUGGGAGUGGAUUUCACAGGAGAAUACGCUACAAAAAUGUGGUACAGUGAAAUUAAAGAUUAUAGCUUCGAAAAUCAUGGUACAAAAAAUGGAAAACCUGUUGGUCAUUUCACUCAAGUAGUUUGGAAGGAAAGUACAGAAGCUGGAUUUGGUUUUGCAAAAGCUGAGAACGGAAUGAUGUACGCAUGUGGAAAUUAUACACCACAAGGAAACGUUUACGGACAAUACAAAGAUAAUGUGGGAGAGCUUACUGGAAAACUGGACAAAGAACUGGAUCCGAAAAAUGAAACAGAGUCGGAAAGUUCCGAUGUGCCAAAACCCGGUGUAACCGAAAAGACCAAUGUCGAAAUCGUGGAUAUAGACGGCAAAAAAUGGGAGAAAACGACGAUAACAACGACAACUGUAACCAAAAACUCUGAUGGGAGUCUGGCGACUUCAAUUUCUACUGUAACGAAGUCCAGACUUGAAUGUCAUUUCACUCAAGUAGUUUGGAAGGAAAGUACAGAAGCUGGAUUUGGUUUUGCAAAAGCUGAGAACGGAAUGAUGUACGCAUGUGGAAAUUAUACACCACAAGGAAACGUUUACGGACAAUACAAAGAUAAUGUGGGAGAGCUUACUGGAAAACUGGACAAAGAACUGGAUCCGAAAAAUGAAACAGAGUCGGAAAGUUCCGAUGUGCCAAAACCCGGUGUAACCGAAAAGACCAAUGUCGAAAUCGUGGAUAUAGACGGCAAAAAAUGGGAGAAAACGACGAUAACAACGACAACUGUAACCAAAAACUCUGAUGGGAGUCUGGCGACUUCAAUUUCUACUGUAACGAAGUCCAGACAACUAAAUGAUGUGUCAGACGGCAUGGACAAACUUGGGUUGAAAGACAAACCGCGUGAUGGACAAAAUGUUUUAUCUUCUGGUGAUACCGACAAGUUUUCUACUGAUCUGAUCAAUGUUAUAAAUAAACGUCGUGAAAACCAUGGAGCAGGAAGUCUUCAAAUGAAACGUUCCAUGCAAGAUGCCGCACAAAAACAUGCUGAGGAAAUGCUAAAAUCGGGCGAUCUUUUUGGUUAUACCGAUCGGAGUUACGGACAAACCAUCACAAUGAAAAUGCCAAGACCAUCAGGUGAGGAAAUUGCUGAUAUGUGGUAUGAAGGAGGGAAAGAUUACGAUUCUGACAAUCCAGACAAGAAUACAACAGCUGCUUCUUAUUUCACUCAAAUGGUAUGGCGUAGUACAAAAGAGAUCGGAGUUGGAAUUGCUUCAAACGAAGAUGGAGAAUCUUACAUUGCUGCACUCUACAAUCCUGGAGGAAACACGAGAGGCCAAUACAAGGAAAAUGUCAGAGCUAAAGAAUUGUAAAAGAACUAAAAUAUAAGAUAAAACAAAUUUUUUUUUGGUAUAAUACCAAAGCUAAAGUAGAAUUAGUUUGAACUGCGAGUGUCACUUUAGUAAUUAAAAAGACAUAUUUUAUUUCACCCUGUGAGAUCUCGUAAAACAAUCGGUAAUUUUAUGAUUUGAUAAUAAGUGAACUCAACAUGAUACUCAACAUCUUUAUAACAAUAUUCGUAAAAAUGUAGAAAUGUAUUGUGAAUAUAGCUUGGAAGUUUGUUUUUAUUUACCAUUAAAAUAUAAAUAUAACUAAAUUGAUACUGAAUUUCAAUCUAAACACACAUGAUAGUUUUAAUGUUUGUCACUUCCAAUUAUUUGGCAGGAGAAUAAAUAAUAAUA